UUCAAAGCUUCAUAUUAUCCAACAAUAAGAUGCACUGAGAAUAAUAUUCUUAAACAGAUUACUCAACAGAGGAGAAGGCGCCUCCAAAAUUCCAGAAUUAGCUAUAAAAACAAGUCGUGCAACUAGAAUCUGAAGGAAAAAGAAACAACAAGUUCGAUUCCUUAGCCCAGAACCGCUUCCUAGAUUCUGCGAAGAAACUCAAAGUAGCAACCAGAAAAGUAAGAGCGUGACUAAGAGCAGGAAUAUUAUAAUGAAAACCCAAAGCUUUGGAAUCUUGAGAUAAACAGUAUCCAGCGAUUUAAAGCUCAAAGUCCACAAGUAUUGCCCCAUUAUACUAAAGAAAGAGAGACCGCACUUUCCUUUCUUUCUUCUAAGAACCAAAACUUGAUUCGAGAAAAAGAGGUCCAGAAGAAUAGAUCUCAGAUUCUUCAUAUUACCGGAUUGAAUAACUCGAUCAAAUACAUCCCUUCAUUAAAAACUGAUGGGAAGAGCAAGAGCAAAGAAGUGGAUAAAGAAUCUGAGUAUGAGAAUCUCUCUCCAGUAAUGCAAAUCCAAGUGCAGAAUGGAGGAGAAUUUAAAUACAAGUAAUUGUGACUCAUUUAGAUUUAAUCUAGACCGAUUGAAAUAACCAAAUCUCCAAUGAAAUAAGAACAACAUUAUUAAAUACUUUCAGAAAAACAACAGUAAGAGGAUUGAGCAUCAUAAAUAAGAUGCUCAAGGUAUUCUCAGGCAAAAUAAACCAAAUUGAUAAGUUAUCCAAAGAAGCAGCUAUGUUCAGGCCUAUGAGCCCGGCUGAGCUCAGGAUCGAUUUUGGCCCAUCAAAGAAAACUAAGGAUAUUAAUAAAAAACUAGAUCCAUUAUUUAACCUCCUCGGAAUCAAGUCACCAAGAGAUGCUAAAUCGCGCAGAAUGUUGAUCAAACGGCUGAAGAAAAAAAGAGGCAAAAGUGAUAUGAAUAACUACAGACAUGUUAAGUCACGAGUUAUGGAAUCACUGAUGAAGAGCUCAGAAGAUGCCCAAAAUAUCACGUUUGCAAUUCCGAAGUUACCACUACAAACUCCCAUUUUUGAUUGAAUAAAUGGUGACAAAGGAUCUUCACCUCUAGUCCCUAUUAGGACACCAAGCACAGAAAAUAGAAUUUUUAGUAUUGAGAAUUUAUAGAAAGAUAAAAUUUA